GGGCCAGACAACAGUGUCCCCUUUCAAGAGCCUGCGGCCCAACAGCACAAGACCUGAGGGCAUUUUCGAGUCUGUGCCAGACUCUGGGGCCUUGGGAGCCUGCAGGUGCCUUCAGCAUGGGCGAGCAGUGUCUUCCAGCUGCUGCGACUCUCCUGGCUGCUUUCAUGGUGGUCUCGGCUUCUGUCCUGCCCCUUACUUCUGCUCACAAAGACUCUGGCCAGUCACCCUUGGCCCCUGGUGCAUCUCCUCUGCAAGUCAGCAAGAGGGCACUUCUGGCACUAGACGUCCUGACAAAGACCUCUGAUAACGUGGUUUCCCUCCUUGGUGGGGAAUUGGAAGCACCUGGGAAAAGGGCAGAAGCCCUCUCUCAGGGGCCAGCUGGGGGCCACCAGGCUCCUGGAAACUUGUCCUUGGAUUCCUCCUCACACCAGCUGACCCCCUUGGGAAAAACUGAGGUCUCAGGCAAGGCCACACCUGGCCCAGCAUCAUCAUCACUGACUGAGUCCCAGUCAGAAUCCUUAGUGACUGAACCUGCAGACACCAUGUUGGCCCCUGGAACUCGGAAGAUUACUGCCAUGUUACAGUCAUGGGCUUCUCCUGUCCGUGGGACUGGGAAGAACUUCAAGAUCCCUGGAUCGUCUGUGACAGUCCAGGCUCCUGCCUCUGCAACCCUGGGGGCAUCUGCCACCCCUAGACUAACUCAGGUGCCAGCCAGAGCACCCCUGGUCCCCACCACUCCUACACCCCCACGACCACCAGCCUGGCUCUCGGUCAGGCACACCCCCAUUCCCAGUGUCCAGAUGCCAUCUGUCUCAACAGCAGGUUUCUUCAGGCCAGAAGCCUCCCCGUCUCUGACAUUGGCACCAAGGGGCCCAGGGAAGGUGGUGUCCUUGGUGUCCUUGGUGUCCCCAGGCCGACUUGAGUCUGCUGAGUCAAUGGCUAACACACAGCCAGACACAGAGUCCCUUGCGCCUGCAGUUCCAGGGUUGUCAGGGCUGGACACCAUCUCCCCUGCCCUUGUAGCAGGCUCAAGACCACCCCAAGCUGCUGUGGCUUCUGGCCUGGGGCCCAGUGGUCCCCUGGGGCCAUUGCCCUCAGUAUUGCCAUUCUUCUCCCCACAGCCCUCAGCAGCACUGCCCCUGUCUCCCUCCCCAUCAGCCAUAUCUUUGUCACUGUCACCUUCCCUGUCACCAUUACCACCACCACCAUCCCCAGUCCUAGCCCCAGUUUCCUCCCUCACCACCAGAGCCAGAAGUCCUCCUCCGCGCUUGGAGUCUGCGCCAGUGCCUUCGACCCCAGAUUCUCCCCUCACACCUGCCCUGCUACCCGCGACAGUUCCACAGCCAGCCACGCCUCAAGGGACAGUUCGGCCUGGGUGGAGAGUUUCUGCCAGCCCAGCCCCCACGACCACCCUCUCCGUCCCAUCUUCCUCCAGGCUUCCCUCCGCUGCCCCUAGCGCUGGCUCCCCCAGGGUCCCUGCAGGUGCUGAUCCCACCCAGCCUUACGACUUGCCUCACUCUGGCCAGGCUGUCUCUUUGCAGGACUCAACAUCCUCGGCCCCAGAACCCAGUUACCUAACCCACUACGUGACCUUCAAGAUCUCCAGUGAAGUCUUCUCAGUUUCACAGUGGAACCCUGUGGCCCUGGAGCAUCAGCUGCUCAAUGAGCACGUCCGCCACGAGCUGCAGUUCAUCUACCGCAGGGCCUUCCCCAGCUUCCAGGGCGCCCGUAUCCUGGAGUUCAGGCCUGGCUCUGGAGCUGUAAAGGCCUCCCUUGUGUUCGGGGGCUGGGCUGUGGGCCCCUCUGCCCGGGAAGUCCUCUGGAUUUUGUACCGCCAAGUGAAGGCCUCCAGGGGCAUGCUGGGGCACCUGUUCCUGGAUGAGAGCAGCCUUGCUGCUUCCGGGUCCCCCCUCACCGACUUAGCUCUGGAGACCAUCUGCAUCAGUUUCACGGCCAUGAAGCCCUUCCUGCCUGAGCUCGUCCUGCCUGGUUCUGCUCCCUUUGUCCUGCUGGAAGACCAGAUCCUCCACCUGGUGACCCCUGUGGUGUCGAGAUUCUACAAGGAGCAUCCCCAGGAAGGCCCCCUGCUCCUUUUCAGUAACAAAGACCAAUGGGUGAGAGUGUCCAUGGAGUACAGGUUCCAGAACUCUAUCCCCACCCACCUUAGAGGCCUGGCCAAUCACCUGGCUCACAGCAUCAUGGAUCCCAUCCUCCAGAAAUCCAGCAUUGUGGCCAAUGGGGAGAAGGCAGAGCUGGUGCUGUAUGAGAUGUGGCUGCAGAUCCUAGGCCAACCCUUCACCAAUGCUUUGAAGGACAAAACCAGCCCUGAGGCCCAGAAGCUUCGGCAGCAGCUAACGAGAUGGCUGACCAGGGGGCUCAGGUCUCUGCAGAACUUUGGCCAAGUGGUGGUGGAGGAGUUCCAGCCAGAACCACUGACUGCCAAAGUAGGUGCCAUCUUCUUUGGGGCCACACCAGCCCAGACCCUCAUUCAGGACAGCAUGCAUCAGGCCCUGCACAUCCUGCAGAAAGAUGAGGGCCUCCGGGUAGAGAUGGUCACCCUAGCCCUCGGCACCCGCAGCUCCGGAGCCUCCCGUCAGCCUGGCACCCCCAGCUCUGCACUCCUCAUCCUGAACCUCCUGCUUGUCACACUCAUCCUUUUCCUGGGCCAGGGCAUGGAGGGCUUGUUAGCACAAAAUGACCGAGCUGGGUGCAGACUUCACGGAUCAGCAAAGCCUUUAUUCAGCAACGGUGUCAGGCAUCUGGUGGACGCACUUUCCUGAUGAGAAAUGAGCCACGGGCCAGAGGAGGACUCUGUGCUUAUGUGACUCCUCAUGACAUCCUCCCCUCACUGAAACCCAAACUCCAGGCCUCUCCCUGCUUCAUCUUAUCCAGGCUCCACAGACAAUGCCUCAGCCCUGUGGAGAGCAGCCAGGGCUCCAGCAUCUCCCAGAAACCCAGAGAGGAAAGCCCAGGGUCACACCACAAGAGGGCGUCUUCCCUCCUGGGACUCCCAAAGACUGGACUCUCAGGGCCUGGGCAGAGGUGGGGAUGGGAAAGCAAUCCCCUGUCACCUUGCUGGGAGGCCAGCUGAGCUUUAACCCCAGGCAUCUCCUUGCCUCAUCCCAUGAUGCAUAAAGUCUGGGAAACAUUU